CAUUUAGGUCAGGUGACAGCAACCACAGCAGUUUGUUUUCUUCUCGCGAUCUGUUUCUCUCUGUCUGUUGGAGCAUCUUUGGAUGAACAACAUUCGUUAACUACGCCUACGUAUCGAAUACACUUGACUUCAAUGUUCUUAUGAUUUAUCAAUUCAAGCAAUUCCAUUUCCUGAAAGAUGGAGUGCAGAUCUGGAGGUCUUCUCUUUACCUCCAAGCUUGAUUCAGGUAAUUUAGCUCGUGUUGAACGGGUGGUAAAUGAAGAUGAGGAUGCGGCCAUCAUAUCAAGGAUUGGUGACUUAACUCCAGUUCCCGACUAUGAAUACAAUGUAUGGACAUCUCCGGAUUGCGAAGGCACUGAAUUUGAAAAUGGAAACAGGUCAUGGUUUCACUUUGCAGUGAAAGGAGGACCCAUGAACAAGCUCCUCAAGAUCAACAUAAUGAACAUGAAUCGACAGGGAAAACUUUACAACCAAGGCAUGGCACCAAUGGUUAAAGUACUCCCUCAAAAACCAAAGUGGGAGCGUAUUCGUGAAAGACCAACAUUUGAGAGUGUUGAUGGUCAGUUUAUUUUAACGUUCACCUAUCGUUUUGAGUAUCGUUUUUCAAGUGUUUACUUUGCGUUUUGUUUUCCAUUUUCCUACACCGAGUGUCAGCAGAAGUUUGAGGCAAUUGAAUCUCAAAUGAAUCAACAAACAGUAAAGAACAACACACCAGAUGCUAUAUACUACCACCGAGAAUUGUUAUGCCACAGCAUAGACAAGCUACGUGUCGACCUGGUCACCAUCACAUCUCACCAUGGUAUUACAAAUGCUAGGGAACCUAGGCUGAUGUACCUGUUCCCUGAUAGUCAAACACCUCGAGCCCACAAAUUCAAAAAGAAGAGAGUCUUUUUUCUUAGUAGUCGUGUUCAUCCGGGUGAGACCCCUGCAAGUUUUGUAUUUAAUGGUUUUCUAGAUUUUAUUCUACGUCCAAAUGACCCAAGAGCAAUUCAACUAAGGAAACAGUAUGUCUUCAAGCUCAUACCACUAUUAAACCCAGAUGGAGUAAUGCGCGGCCACUACCGAACCGACCAGCGUGGGGUCAACUUAAACAGGGUGUACCUGAAUCCAGAUUUUGAGAUGCACCCUUCGAUCUUUGCAACAAAGUCUGUUUUUCUUCACCACCAUGUAAAUUCCCGUUUAUGUAAAUCAAAUGUAAGUGUAUCUAAUAACGAAGGACUGUGUGAAUCAAAAAAUAUUGAAAAACCAAAGAAUUCCCAACAAACUACACAAUUAGACCAGCCUGUUAUUGAUGGACCAAAUGCUAUUUUAUUUGUACACAAUGAGGAAACAACAAUUUCCACUAAUGAGACUGAUGAAAACAAGAGACCAGUAACAAAUCCAAUUCCAGCAUUUGAAUUGGAACUUCCGCAAAGCAUUGACCAGCCAGUGACUGGCCAAAGUGUCAGUCUUUCAGUGCUACAUGAUGUAAGAUCAGAAGAUACAUUCCAGUUACAUACACUUGAGUACUCUGAUGAGCUUGGCUCACUGGCUGAGCCAACGGUCAGCAAUGACAGUAAUUUAUCUGAUAUUCAACAAAGGACUGAAAUUAUUCAAGAAGAUUCAAUCAAUACCAGUACUAAUAAUAAAAUUGAUGAGACUAGCGCCCUCUCUAUACCUCCGAGUGAGAGUGGAAUCGCUUUCUAUGUUGACCUCCAUGGUCAUGCUUCCAAACGUGGCUGUUUUAUUUAUGGGAACCAUUUUGAGGAGGAAGAAAAGCAAGUUGAGAAUCUGCUCUUCCCAAAGCUGAUUUCUAUGAACUCCGCUCACUUUGAUUUUGAUGGAUGUAAUUUUUCCGAGAAGAAUAUGUACACAAAAGACAAACGUGAUGGAAUGACCAAGGAAGGAAGUGGAAGAGUGGCGAUGUUCAAAGCCACUGGAAUCAUUCACAGCUACACUUUAGAAUGUAACUACAACUGUGGCCGUUUCAUGAAUUCCAUAGCUCCUGCUACCAUGGACAACGGGCGUGCCACACCUCCUCCUGUUGCUGGUUUCCCACCAAAGUUUACCAUUUCCCACUAUGAAGAGGUUGGUAGGGCAGUAGCAAUAGCAGCACUGGAUAUGACCAACACAAACCCAUGGUCAAGGCUUGCUUCCACAGACUAUCAAAGUGUACAUGGUAUGCGAACAUGGGUGCAAAAGUACCUACGCAGCUCAAGAGGUGCACCCUCACUGCCAAAGAAGAUGUCUCGGGUUAUUUCACGAACAUCGGGAAUUGUGGCAACGGCAGCAACGACCAACCACCAAGAGCGACCGAAGUUGACCAAUGCAGUGCAAGACUCAAACCAGACAGCCAUUGGGCAUGGUGGUAAUGGUCAGUCUAAGAGCACCGGCAGCUUUACCUUCACUUCUGUCAACCAAACACGAAAUUCCACAGGAAGUUUCAAUUAUAAUAAUUUUAAGAAAGGUGCCAAUGUAAGGACUUUAGCUCCAGUAAGAGAUUACCGAUUGAUGUUAGAUCGAAAGAAGGUGACAAACGCAAUCACCACCAGCAGUUCACAGGGUAAUGCAGCUGAAACUUCUAACCAACCAAACUGCACAAACAAUAACAACAGCAACCAAUCGGAUCGUAAGCCUGUUGGAGGUCAAUUUAUUAACAACACUCUACAGAGCAUGACAAAAUCCCACCAACAAAAAGCCGACCAUGGGCCGUACAGAAAAAUAGAUGUGAUUGAUAGUAAUUUGGGAAGUUUAGCAUUUAAACAACCAAAUUUGUCUCCUGGAUUGCGUAUCCCAAAUGUUCAGAGACCUAUCUUUACUCCAUCAAACAGGAAUCUGACAAGGCUUGACCAUCCCAGGAGUGAUCCUCCAAAAAGACGAUAUAAAAAAUCAACAGUUUGUCAGAAAAAAAGGUCAGCUUCCUUGAGCCCAACUCGUAAAAUGAACUUGCAGCGAGGUACAAGUGAAGAAACUGACAGUGAAACAGAUAAGAAGCUGAAUAAGAGACGUGGUCGACAGCAUGCUUCAGACAGCUUCUCAGACCCAACUCCAUCCAUAGGAAGCAGGCCUUUCUGCAAGAUGGCCACUAAAUCUGACAAACAAGUACCAAGAAGACCAUUUUACAAUGAGGAUAUACCGGUUUUACGACUGUCUCAUCGGCAACCAGGAUACCCCCUGUAUGGCAAGUAUCGUACCGGCCUUCAUUCACAUAAAAUUUCAUAUCCGUGUUACACUGCUAACAAUUAUAUUUUUCACCAAUAGCCACUGAAUCUUAACUCAUAAAUAUAUAUAUAAUCUGCUCCACUGUAAUAAUUGAUGCAUGGUACUUUUUUCCCUGGGGAGACAUUCUCUCACAACAUUUCUUCUUAGAAUACCUCCAGCUCCCUGGGAGAUGGUAAAUAGGCCUACAGUGUCAUAUUUAUUUUUGAUCUGGUAGACUGUAAACAUUUAUAUAAUAUAUAUAAUCUGCUCUUCAAAUUAGCACAUAUGGGGAUAAACAAGUAAGGUAAUGUUUAAUGCAUAAUCCUUGGUUAUUGUAUUUAACAUGCUGUUCUUAUAUUGCAGUAAAUACAUACAAACAUGCAUGCAAUCACUGUGUAUAUAAAGUACAGUAUAUUAUACAUUUUAUAAAUACCAACUACAUUAAUGUAUACACGUUUGUGAAACGAGAGGUACACAAAAUAUAGACAUUUAUACAUACAUACAUACACACAUACAUACAUGCAUAUAAGUGUUGGUAUAAUAUUAGCAAAUAUGUAUGUUUUCAUUCAUAUGUAUUUGCAUACUGUACACACAUACAUGCAUAUUCUAAUUCGUACAUACAGUAUACACCAAUACAUACAUGGAUACAUUUUUUUAUGUAAUAAUACAUGCAUUAACCUGUUUCAUGCAUGUAUGAUAUUUUAAGUAUUAAUGUUAUAUUUAAUGGAUCAAUGUAAUUAACUCUACAUAAUUCAAUUGGUGUAAACACAUCAAUAUAGGUAAGGUAAAACUAUGUUUGAAACAAGAAUAUUUGGAAAACAUCUGGAUAAGAAUGCUGCAUACUGUAACUAACAAUCAGUGAUAAAUUUAUAUAGUUAAAAAAACUAAACACAAUUUAUGUUAACUUGCGUAAGCUGUCUUUGUGUUACUAAUUUAUAAUUACUUCGUCAGGCCGUUUAAACUAGAAUCGGUUGUUAAGGACAUUGCAUGAACAAUGCCCUCUGUAGCUGGCUCUGGCAUUGUUUAAGCAAUGUCCAUUACUACUAAUGCUAGAGACGGCCUGAUGUAGUCUCAUAACGUGACGAAAGCUUUUGUAAAUCAACAUCAUUAUAUACGUUAUACUAAUAAUUAAAAUGUAGGAGGCUAUGUUAAAAGAUCUUACUAAAUGAUAUUCAAUUAGUACUGUAUUUUUUAACUGUAGAACAGAAUUUUUAAAUUUUGAAAAAUAACAAUACUUAUUUAUAGAAAGUCAUUAAUAACCCUGAAAUAUAUAUUGGUAAUUUAUUGGACAUUAACUAUGAUACAUGCUAAUGUCUAACAUGCUUAGGCCUUAGGUACACACGUAUAUGUUUAACAUCUGGGCAGAUAUGCUGUUGAUGCACGAAUUAUACUUACACAUGGGACUCUCCAAUACUUAGCUUUAUAGCAGCUGGACAUGAAGGCAUAGGCCUAAAUAUCCAUUUUUUAUGGUAGUGCCAGUCCACUGCUUUUUUUAAAAGGGCUCUUUAAGACACAUCUGUUGUCUGCUGCUUUUGCAGUUAGUUUUCUUUUUUGCCUUCCUUGCUAAGUUAAAUUGUUUAGUUAGAUACCCAUUACUUGAGCACCUGUGAAUUAUGAAUAGGCCAGCCCUGUGCCUCACAUUUUCUGUAAACUGUGCGGUGAUGAUAAUGCCUGUAAACAUUCCUGAUGAUGACAUAAUUAAUGUUGAAAUAUUGAAUCCUGACAAGAUGGCGUGCAUUUCGAUACUUAGAGUAUGUAUUAUACUAUCUUAUCUGCGCGGUGAUGUGCGUGAUGUUUCUUAUUCUGGUAGUUUUAAGGUUCAUGUUAAUUUUUGGUUCUGUCCUUCUGUAGAGCCUUGAGCACUUACAAUUAUUAUUACUAUGCUCGAUGCAAAGGCACUGGUUUUCACUUGGGUACAUUCACACAUGACUGCUAAACUGGGAUCAAUAGUGUGAUAGGGCUAGUUUAGUUGGUAUUGUCACCAUUUUGAAUUGGGUAUUGUUACAAGGUUGAAUUGUGGUUUACGGUGUUAACAAUGAGAAAGCCGGAAUCCACUGUAAUAAUUGAUGCAUGUACUUUUUUCCCUGGGGAGACAUUCUCUCUCACAACACUCCUUCUUAGAAUACCUCCGGCUCCCUGGGAGAUGGUAAAUAGGCCUACCGUGUCAUAUUUAAUUUUGAUCUGGUAGACUGUAAAUAUUUGUUGGAUACCAUGAACAAAAGUGCAUUGUGAUCAACUUGGUAUCCAGUACAGUUUUUGAACUUGUCUUCUUGCAAAGUUAUCAGCUUGAAGAUGACUUGCCGCCAUCUUUUUUUUAAAUGUGGCUGCUUUUACAAAAUUUUAUUUUUUAGACUAUUUUUAUCAUUAAUUUGCUGGAAAAUGAAAUUUGAUUAUUCCAUAUUAAACUUAAGUAAAUCACUGUUAAUUGGUAUUGACAGCAACAACAUUUUCAUAUUAAAUAAGGAAGUGUCAUAAGAUUUGUGUAGGAAUGCAAAAGGCCUUGUGGGUAAGAUAAAUUAUCAAAUUUAGCAAAGUAUUAUUCUUCACAAUAUGAUGUCAGAAUUCCUUAUUAGUAAAUGUACACUCAAACUUCUGUAUCUUUUGUGGGAGUUAUAUAGCACAAAGGUCAUUAGGCAUCUUUCCUGUUGAGAAAUAACAAAUAUCUUUGAAUGGUGUAUAUAUCACAGUACAAUAUAGUUAUUAAUGUCCUCCAGUGAUUGACACAUUACACAUUGUGCAACUUUGCUCCUGGUGUGAGAGAUGCAAGGACAUACCUUCAGUCAGCCAAAUUAGUGGUAGCCACUGUGUGUAAACUCAACUAUAACACUAAAACAGUCCCAAAAGUUUGGCUAUUAACUUGUAAUAAACCAAAGGUUAGGAGGGUGCAAUGAUUUUUUUGUGUGAUGUGAAUCCUAUAUUUGUAAUGAACGAACAUCAACACACUAAGCAGUGAACAACCACUUUAACUAAAAUUUAUAACUCCCUACUUGUUAUUGGCAUUAACCCUCAGAGGUUUUAUGUUGAUUCUAAUUUUGAAGUGUGAUCUUGAAUUUCAGACUCAAAUAACUUUUCCUAUAGCAUUUAAUAGUGCAUUGUAUACUGUUUGAAAUUGAUUUUCCCAGUUGCCUCACAAAAUAAAAGUACCAACCUACAGUCUACUUAUUAAUUGAUGUUGAACAUGUUAAAAUCCACACGAGCUCUUCAAAAUGAAAUGACACAAUGUAUUAAUUCAACCUACUACUACUUUUACUAAACAUUACUGCUACUACUUAUUACUUCUAUUACCAGUGGGGGUGAGGUGGCAUUGGGCUUGUGUUUGUGGAACAUGCUUGUGUUCUGAUUCGUCAAUUGUUAAGAUAACACAUUGGAAAGGUUUAUUGCAUGAUGCUGUCCAUGUCCUUGGUCUUGGAAGACAUUCAAGCAUCUGGUUUUCAUUUAUUUUUUGUGUAGAGAUAUCUUUUUUAGUCUGCUCUGAAAUUUUGUCAGUUGGUCGGUUUAGUGCUGUUGUUGCUAUUUAUUUCCAUUUCUAGUUGAAAACUUGCAUUUUACAAGUCCAGAACUUAACUUUUUUCAUAUUAAAAAUUAUGAACAUUUGAC